GGUACCCUAAAGAAGAUCGCUGACGUCGCGGCACGUGUAUGAUCAAUGUGCCGGCUUCGAGGAAUCAUUCUGCUGUUUCAACAUUCACCGCAUUUUAUUAAUUAUAAUUCAAUAAAAUAUGUUAGCAUUAUAUUCGUAUCUAGCAUCGAUAACGGAUGUAGUUUUUGUAAACUAAUUAUAAGUUAAUUAAUAAAGUAGUUAUAUAAUUAUUGGUUUUUUUUGGGAGUCCGGGCUGUCGAAUUCGUAAUUGGCGCAGUCGGUAGGAUAGUUUCGGGGCUACUACGAUCGUUAUAAAGAAGAUAUCCGGGGUCUAGAUUCGACACCGCGCGCGGUCGUUCUAGCUGUCGCUCUCAAGCGUUCACCGAAGCAUCAAAGAUCUCUAAGAAGCAGCCGGGGCGUACUCAAACUUCAGUGCAACUCAAAGAAAACCAGGGAAGUCGACGAGUUAUGUACCGACUAAUACUGAUACUGACAAUGACGAAGGCAGCAGACAUAAAACUUGAGACUCUUGACAAUGGACCUGGACUUUUACCUUUUAAACUUGGUCAAGCUAAGUUAAUAUCCCAUUAUCAUACCUUUAUACAAUAUUUAGAACUUUCGGAACUAGAAAAUCGUAUUAAUUCUAUAAAUGAACAGUUAGACUAUUUUAAAAUUCAACUAGACAAUACUACUUUGCCUAUAUAUGAAAUUCAGAUUGAUUAUCUUUAUACUAAAUUGUCAAAAAUAGAUUCUCAAUUAAAAACUUUGGAACCUUCUAGGGUAAAAAGAGGACUUAUUAAUGGAUUAGGAUCACUAAUUAAAGGUCUUACAGGAAACUUGGAUCAUGCAGAUGCUGAAAGAUUUAAUAAAGCUAUACAAUUGUUAGAAGCAAAUGAAAAUAAAUUAGUUUCGGAGUUAAAUAACCAUAUCAGUAUUAAUAAAAAUUGGACGAGCCAAUAUUCGCAACUUAUUAGUAAUUUAGCUGAAAACCAAAUUAAAAUUAAUGAAACAUUGCGAUUAGUUGUGGAUAAGCAUUAUUUUUUGGAAGCUAAGUUUGCUAAAUUCGCUCAAUUAUUAGAUAUUAUUACUGAAAAUACAGAUGAUUUAUAUUUAGAGUUAAUCAGAAUAGAGAAUAUCUUAGGAUUUAUACGUGCAGCGAGCACGCAUCAUAGUAUGAUAAGCAUAGAUAACUUAGAAUAUAUGAUUAGUAGAUUAAGAGAAAUAUAUAGUAAUAAUGAAAUUUUAGAUAUUGAUUUGAGAGAAUAUUAUAAUCUUAUAAAACCAGGUAGUUAUUUUAUAGGUAAGAGAAUUGUUAUAAUUUUUAGAAUUCCUAUAAUAUCUAAAGAUAGUUACGACUUAUUUAGGCUUUCCAUUGUUCCUAAUAAAUUCCGCCAGACCUUUAUACCUAUACAUCCUUUCAUAGCAACCAAUGGGAAAUUUUUCAUGUACUUGCAAACCGAAUGCCCGAAGAUUGGCGAAUACCUUCUCUGUGAGGAAAGUUCAAAUUAUUAUCAGCCACGAGAGCACGCAGAUUGUAUCCAGAGUAUCAUCAUUCAUCAAUCUUUAGAUAAAUCAUGUAGCCCCACUGAAGUCUCCAUCACAAGACAAGCUAUGGAACAACUAGAUGAUAGACACUAUACUAUUGUCUUCCCAAAGCCUACGAAAGUCGAACUUCGAUGUGAACGGCGCGAAUAUGUAUCUUUAUCUGGCAGCUACCUAGCAACCAUUCCCCAUGAAUGUUCACUACGAACAGAUAUCUUUAAGAUAACCAAUAGUGAAGAUGAAGUCAAGGGACAGCCGCUGAAGAUUACCGAGAUACAAAGUAAUUUCACUGAAAUUCAAAAUGAUGAGAUUCCACAUAUUACUCUAAAUUCUUUAAAUCUCGAUAAAUUACAUCACCUGGAAAAUAGAAUUAUGCUACAGAAUCCCAUACGUCUUGCCCGCUUUGAUUCUUCACUAUACCAUACAACGUUGCCUCUCUAUGCACUUGUAUCUGGUAUAGUUAUAAUUUUCCUUGUCUAUAUUCUCCGACGAUACCUACGAAAGAACCUUAUUACACCAGAAGGAGAACCAAGAAGCAACCCUAUAUAUGCUGUUCCUGAUUGUUCUGAAAACCCUGGAGUACCAGCAACUUUUUCCCUCAAAGUGCUCAAAUAGUUGCUGUUCUGAGGAUGGAGGAAUUACAUACGGUACCCUAAAGAAGAUCGCUGACGUCGCGGCACGUGUAUGAUCAAUGUGCCGGCUUCGAGGAAUCAUUCUGCUGUUUCAACAUUCACCGCAUUUUAUUAAUUAUAAUUCAAUAAAAUAUGUUAGCAUUAUAUUCGUAUCUAGCAUCGAUAACGGAUGUAGUUUUUGUAAACUAAUUAUAAGUUAAUUAAUAAAGUAGUUAUAUAAUUAUUGGUUUUUUUUGGG